AUGGAAGACGCGACUUACGCGCCUCCAACAAAUAGAUCAAGUAUUCUCCGAAGAGGAAAGUCUCUAAGUAGACCUGAAAGAUACCAGCCUGCUUCUCCUUUACUUACUGGUAAAAAAGAGAGAAAACCUUUCGAUCCUUGGAUACUGUUUGCUCGUGCAAUCACCUUUUGGGCUCCAAGCGUCUUAUUAUCAAAAUUUGGUUUAUCUGAUAAACAAUCUCGGCAGGCAUGGAGAGAAAAGUUUGCAUUAUGUUUCAUUGCUGCCAUCAUGGGCGGUAUUGUAGCAUUCUUGACUGUUGGUUUUAGACCUGUCCUAUGUCCCGAGUCUCAAGCUAAUAAUGCUGCUAAUUUUUUACGUUUUGGUGAAGUGGACGGCGUGCUUGGAAUUCUUGGUUACCAGUUUAACAUAAGCCAAGCAUUAACAAAUGAGUUUAAUUUCUUCGAAGAAAUAAAAACUCAUGGACCUGGUUAUGAUAUAACGAACAAAUUCAAGCGGAAUCUUAAUGAGAUCCCACAAUGCCUUCUACCGGAAAUACAAAAGUUUGCUGCAGUAACUACACCUUUAUGUACUAAUGGACCCAAUUGUCCUCUCCCAAAACUUACAGAGGCUGCCAUUGCUCAAUAUCAACUUGUAAAUACAACAAAAUUCGUUGGAUUCGAUUGGGAACAAGUCGGAAAUAUGAAGAAUUAUCUUGUAAUUGCUGGUGCUGUUCUCAAUAUGAAUUCAUACAUGGAUGCGCAUCCAAACCCUAUUCAAAAUGAUUUAGCUGAUAAGAUUAUUCGUGAUAUUCUAAACACUGAUCAUCCUGAGGGUGGCAAAGAUGCAACUCGUUUAUUUUUCAAUCAAGAAAAUUUAAAACAAACGAUAAGUUGCCUAAAUGCAAAAUAUUAUGUAGGAAAUAUCGAUAAAAAAACAAUUGGAUGUUUCACCUCCGAUAUAUUCAAUUUAAUUAUGCUUAUUGUAAUAUUGGGGAUUGUUAUGUGUAGAUUUUUCAUGGCUUGUAUUUUUGCUUGGUUCCUUUCACAUCGUCUUGCACAUGAGCCAAAGGAAGUAAAAAAGGCUGUUCCAUCGUCACAAGUACUUGUCGGAGGCAAUCGUAAUUCACCAUGGAUUCAUAGAAAUAACUCCGGUUUGGGUAAAAAAACAAUUAACAUGGAUCGAAUUGGAAAUGAUCUUUACACGGUGUUGUUAGUUACUUGUUACUCUGAGGGUGAAGCUGGUUUGCGUACGACAUGUGAAUCAAUGGCUUCGACUGAUUAUCCGGAUGAUCGUAAACUUUUAUUUGUUAUAUGCGAUGGUAUUAUUACUGGUAGCGGAAAUGAUAAAAGUACACCGGAUAUUUGUAUAGAAAUGAUGGAAAUAGAUGAAGAAUUUAAAGACCCACAAGCUCAAAGUUAUAUUGCCGUUGCGUCAGGAGCUAAGCAACAUAAUAUGGCAAAAGUUUUUGCUGGUUAUUUCCCAUGGAAGGAACGAAAAGUGCCAAUGGUACUUGUUGUAAAAUGUGGUGCUUCAUCGGAACAAGGAAAACCUAAACCCGGAAAUCGUGGAAAACGGGAUUCUCAAUUAAUUCUAAUGAAUUUCUUUAGUCGUUUAACGUAUAACGAUCGUAUGUGCGCUUUGGAUUUUGAUUUAUUUAGAAAAAUUCAUCAUUUGAUGGGCGUUACUCCCGAUUUUUUUGAAAUCGUUCUUAUGGUUGAUGCAGAUACUAAAGUUUACCCUGAUUCAUUAAGAUUGUUAAUCAAUUGUAUGUGCAAUGAUCCUCUCAUUAUGGGUCUUUGCGGUGAAACAAAGAUUGCAAAUAAGCGUGAUUCUUGGGUUACGGCUAUUCAAGUUUUUGAAUACUAUAUUUCUCAUCAUUUGGGUAAAGGUUUUGAGUCAGUAUUUGGUGGUGUAACUUGUCUACCAGGUUGCUUCUGUAUGUACCGUCUUAAAGUAAGGAAGGGAGAUGAUGAUUGGGUACCAAUUAUUACAAAACCAGAAAUCGUUCAAGAAUAUUCACAAAAUGUAGUUACCACUCUUCAUCAAAAGAAUUUGCUGUUGCUUGGUGAAGAUCGUUUCUUGACAACACUUAUGCUUAGAAAUUUCCCUCAAAGAAAAAUGACUUUCUGUCCACGGGCCGUGUGUAAAACCGUUGUUCCUGAUGAAUUCAAAGUUUUACUUUCCCAACGUCGUCGAUGGAUUAACUCAACAAUUCAUAAUCUAAUGGAAUUAGUGUUAGUUCGUAAUCUUUGUGCCGCCAAGCAAUUUCUCCGAAUCUAUACCGCUACUUAUGUUGGCAGCCGUUCUUGGAUUGCCAGCUGUAUUAAUUUUUCUUACAACAAGAAAGUUGGUAUAUGUUACAUGGAUGUUAAUUUAUUUAUUGGCAUUGCCAAUGGUUCGUUUGACCCUUCUAAAGUACCAUUGAAACGUUGGGAAGACUGGGAACGAGCGAGACUUCGUAGAGUUAAGCGACAAGAUCGUAAGAAACAACAAAUGGCUACUAUGACAGUUCAUCCAAGUCAUUAUGAUGAUAACUAUACAGAAACUUCAUCUUAUACUUCCGAAAUUGGAAUGCCUAAUGAACCUGCCACUUCAGAAACUUAUGAUCAAGACCUACGAGGACAAUAUCCGCAAGAUCAAUAUUACAAACAACAAUAA